GGAGAAGAGCUGAAGGGGCUAUAUAACCCUGAUGCUUUUGGAUACACAGUGCACCAUCCCAGAGCUGCUAUCCCCAGCCAAGCACUGUCAGGGGCUGUUUUCUGCUUGGAGCACCCGAGGACACUGACGUAGAAGAUGUGUGAGGAGGAGGACAGCACUGCCCUUGUUUGUGACAAUGGGUCAGGGCUCUGUAAAGCCGGCUUCGCUGGGGACGAUGCCCCAAGAGCAGUUUUCCCUUCCAUCGUGGGUCGUCCCAGGCACCAGGGUGUGAUGGUUGGUAUGGGUCAAAAAGACAGCUACGUGGGUGAUGAGGCUCAAAGCAAGAGAGGAAUCCUGACCUUGAAAUACCCCAUAGAGCAUGGCAUCAUUACCAACUGGGAUGACAUGGAGAAGAUCUGGCAUCACUCCUUCUAUAAUGAGCUCCGUGUUGCACCUGAGGAGCACCCAACUCUGCUGACUGAAGCACCACUGAAUCCCAAAGCUAAUAGAGAGAAAAUGACCCAGAUUAUGUUUGAGACUUUCAACGUGCCAGCCAUGUAUGUAGCUAUCCAAGCUGUUCUGUCCCUAUAUGCUUCAGGACGUACCACAGGGAUUGUGCUUGACUCUGGGGAUGGUGUCACCCACAACGUGCCCAUUUAUGAAGGUUACGCUUUGCCACACGCCAUCAUGCGUCUGGACCUGGCUGGCCGUGACCUGACAGACUACCUCAUGAAGAUCCUGACAGAACGUGGCUACUCCUUUGUUACAACUGCGGAACGUGAAAUUGUCCGUGACAUCAAGGAGAAACUGUGUUAUGUGGCCCUGGACUUUGAAAAUGAGAUGGCCACUGCUGCCUCUUCCUCCUCUCUGGAAAAAAGCUAUGAGCUUCCUGAUGGCCAGGUCAUCACCAUUGGAAAUGAACGCUUCCGCUGCCCAGAGACUCUCUUCCAGCCAUCUUUCAUUGGCAUGGAGUCUGCUGGCAUUCAUGAAACCACUUACAACAGCAUCAUGAAGUGCGACAUAGACAUCAGAAAGGAUCUUUACGCCAACAAUGUGCUUUCUGGAGGCACUACAAUGUACCCGGGCAUUGCAGACAGGAUGCAAAAGGAAAUAACUGCUCUAGCUCCCAGCACCAUGAAGAUCAAGAUCAUUGCUCCUCCUGAACGUAAGUACUCCGUCUGGAUUGGAGGCUCUAUUCUUGCCUCCCUCUCUACCUUCCAGCAGAUGUGGAUCAGCAAACAGGAAUAUGAUGAAGCUGGCCCAUCCAUUGUUCACCGCAAAUGCUUUUAAAUCACUUUAUCCCUGUAUGUCUUUUUAGCAUAUUACUGUGAAUGUAUUCAGGAAAAUACAUUCUUAAAAUUUCAUUCCAUAAAUCUUUCAUCGUAAUGGCUGGUUAAUUGGUGUAUUUUUUUUUGGAAUAAAUUUUAAAAUAUGCAAACGAAAUUGCUGCUCCUAUUUUAGAGAUGCAGUUGUGGAGUUGCCUUUACAGCUGGUGCGAAGCUCCAUCUCGUGGCGUAAAUUUGUUACUGCGCUGUGGGCUCAGAAGCGGUACAUGUUGGCCAAUGGUAUCAACGCCAGAAAACGCCCAGCUGCCAGCCUGUACGGUGCCAGCAUUCGGCCUCGGUAGGCAUUUCAGUCUGCAAGCAGAACUAGUCAUGGUGCUCCCAAAGUUCUGGGCAGCACCAGAGGGGCACAGUGUGUGCUUGAUACCAGGAGGAGCACGUGCAUUCUGCUUUGCAUCUGCUCUAUCCAGAAAUACUAUCUGACCACAUCGCUUCUCAGUUCACAGCUACCAUGCUGGAAAAGGCACUUCUUAUACUCUGUGGUCCAGUAGCGUAUGUUGCUUGCUAUAUCUUUUCCAUGGUUGUUUUCUUUGGUUUUAUUUUUGAUAGAAGCUAAAACUGUCCUUCUGGGAGCAUAUCUAAAUUCUGAUACUAGCUUGAAAAGGUGACUUUGCUAUUAUAUAUCCUCAGAAUGAGUGUAGCUUGUGUUGUUGUUGUGAUUUUCAGCAAAGUCUAAAGGGUAAUUAAGCUGGCUUAAUACAAUUGCUCUUCAGAAGUUUGUUUGUUUUUCUGAAGGGGAGGAUGUAAUGUAAUCAGAACAGAUAAAAUGUUUUUAGACAAUGUCCUUUUUUCUAUGACUUUUCUGAUUCCACUUAUUGUCUUAAAUACAUUGAAACUGAUUUUAAGAGAAGUAUAUGCAUAAGCAUUGAAGCCAAUACUGCUGUCUUAGAAGUAUAUAUAUACAUAUAUAUGAAUAUGUUUAUGACCAAAGAAUUAAUUGAGACAGAUCUGAAGAAGGUCAGUUCUAAGGACCUUGCUGCAAUCCGUAUUCAUUAGAAUUCAGGAUGAAGGAUGCUAUUUAUUUUUGUUACUUAUUUUCCUUCCUUAAACUCAAUUAUUUAUCUCACCUACCUGUAACGCUUUACCUUUCAACCUGUAAGUUUUUUGCAGCAGCACCUGUUAUUUACUAUGGCUGCGUAACUGCUAGGUUUCAGAUCUUGUCCGUCUUCAGACUCAGUGCACAUUCUGAACUCUUUUGUACUAACCUUAUUAUUUAAAGUCUAGGUCAUCUAGGUUUCUUGGGACAGACGCUAAAUAAACUCUUGUAAGAGCAAA